AUGGAAGCAGCUCGUCUUGAAAGACUUCAGGCUCUAAAGUCUGUUUCAGAACAGGCUCGGAUCGGUGGCAAGGGCAGUGCCCGGAGGAAGAGAAAGGUUGUACAUAAAAGUGCGGCGACCGACGAUAAGAAGCUACAGGCUACUCUUAAAAAGUUGGGAAUUAAUGUAAUCCCGUCGAUCGAGGAGGUUAAUAUGUACCGAGCUGACGGUACGAUGAUUCACUUCAAGAACCCAAGGGUUCAGGCAUCGCCACAGGCCAACAUGUUCGCUGUUUCAGGUCUCGCUGAGAACAAGACACUCAAUGACUUGUUCCCUAAUAUGAUGAGUCAGCUGGAGACGGCGAAGCAGCGCCUUUCUAAAAUGAGUGAAGCAGCUCAAGGUGAAACAAAAGACACCGCUGAGGAUGAUGAUGAUGACGUCCCUGAGUUAGUCGGUGAUUUUGAAGAAAAAAGUCGUCAAGAGUAA